AAGAAGUUGAGACGCACACUAACCGCUGUGAAGGAGGACAUUGUCUGAAAAUUCAGCAACAUUUUAAAUCUGGUUUAUGCAUCUGUCAACCACUCAAUGCUUCAAGUGUAUGCAUCAACUGCAACAUGAGCAAUGUAACAGCACACAUUAACAAUUUUCCAGAUGAAAUACUUCUACAUAUAUUCAAUUAUUUACCUACAACGGACUUGCUCGUGUGUGUGACAAAAGUGUGUACUCGAUGGAACGCCUUCGCAUACGAUCGCAAGCUUUGGAAUCGCAGAAUGGUGGAUCUACCAGAAGAUACCUCUGUGCAGGCUUUGGUUGAAUGUUUCCCUAAAUGCACAUCUGUCAGUAUGGAACUCAACAGUGCCUCUUGGCCUGGACAGGCUAUGUUUGACGGGAAACACCUACACGCAUUCAUGCGGACAAGAGACUGUUUCCUUAGUUUCCUAACAACAAUAAUAAAAAAUGGUGAUGACAUUACAGAUAUAUCUGUAUGUGGCGUUAACGAGGAUGUGGAGGAAGUGCUGACGGUCAUUGCCCACUUACCGAAUCUAAAGACUUUACUUAUAAAUGGAUCAUUUUUUGCUGAUAAUUCAGGAAUUAGGCACAUUGGGGACAACUGUCCACACUUGAGGAAAGUGGACACAGGCGAAAUCACGUUUGCAGAAGAGGAAGUGGAAUAUUUUAUAAGAAAGAAGAAACAUCAGCUGACACAUAUAGGUUUGGCCCUACAAACAGCUGAAGGUUCCUCAUUGUUGCCUUUUCUGGGCCUCUGUGGUGAUACAUUAAUCAGCCUGGAUAUUUAUGGCAUUGCAGGCUUUUAUAUUACUGUCGUGGAUGAUGUAACUGUUUUCAGUGCCCUUAAAAAAUUGGAACAUCUCAGAUUUCACAAUUACAUCAAAUUUGGGAGUGAUGUCCUUGUAAAUGCAUUUACCUCCAGCUGGUUCUUAAAUCUGAGGACUCUUGUGAUAGAUACUGCCACUUAUGUGGAUGAUGAAGUAAUGGCAGCCAUCAGUCUCAAUUGCCCACUGCUGAAUGAGCUGCAGAUCAACUAUUCUCAAAUUACAGGAGAGGGACUGAAGUACCUGCACUGUCUCCGGAACCUGCAGAAGCUGGACCUGUCGCUCUCACAACUUUUGAAGUCUCUGGGAACACUCUCGCAGUGUGUCCAGCUGCGAAAGCUGAGCCUGGAGAGCUGCGCACGUGUCCAUUCGAGAGAAAUAGCGGAUGCAGUGCCGCACAUCCACGAGCUGCGAGUACUCGACCUCAGCCAGUGUGGGGCGUCACUGCUCCGUCUGCGGGAGCUGCCACAGCAGCUGCCCUUCCUCCGUACACUUGUCCUUUAUGGUGCUGACAUAAAUGUAGAACAGCUACAAGCUAUGAGGCACUGCGCACCACACAUUAAUGUUGUGAUAUAAAAAUCUGAAUUUGGCAGUCCAAUCGUAUACUGAGUGAAAAAUGGGGACCUGUUGUGUAAAAUUUAAUCCUUGUGAUGCAGAUUAUGUUUCUUACAAGGUGUAAGAUACUAGUCACAGAAAGCGUGUAAAAGCUGUUAUGUAAUACUCAUAUUCAGUAUUAAUGUGCUUAAAGUAUCUGCAAAUCGUGUCCACCUUAGAAAGGGCAUAUUCGAGCUAAAGCAAAUUGUAAGGUCUUACCGCAGUAGCAUAGAAGACCACCAACUUCUACCACAUGUUAGCCUUUUUAAAUAAUUUCUCUAGAUUUUUUCGAUUGCCAGAAGCCACAAUAUAUUAAUCAUACAAUAACAGUUGUUAAACAAUUGAGAGUUGAUAAUGUAUUGUACCUGAUGCUUUAUAUUCACAGCGAUUGUGAUUUAAAAGUAACUGUCAUGUAAUUUUAUAUAUUUCUUUCCUUUUAUUUAUUAUAUAUACAAGUCUCAUCCAUUUUGUUCCUUCCCUUUAAAUUAAUGCUCUUUGUAAAAUUACUGACAGGAACAAAGUGAAGGAUUUCCCAUGAGUUUGUUGACCAAACUGCCUUCACUCUCACAUAAAGGAAAAGUGCAGAAAAUCUUAAUUCACAAAUUUGACUUCAUGUAAAUGUAUACCUCAAAGGAUGCCUAUGGUAUCUUAUUCAUUCACACACACAAAAAAAAAAAAAAAAAAAAAAAAAAAAAAAAAUCAUUGUGAAAGUGGUAUUGACAAAUACACCUCUUAAAUGUAUUAUUUGAUAGGUUCUGCACAUUUACAUUUCAUUUCUUUAUGCAAAGAAUACCUCCAAAUGAUAUUUUCAGUUUCAGAAAGUAAUUGUUAUUGUUUAAGGUAACUAUGCAAGGUGAAAAGCCACCAGUAAAAUGGGGAAGCCGAACAGGUUUAUUUCCAGCACAUUGCAAAUGUUCAGGUACCACACCACAAGUCUCACAUUAUACCAAAUACUUACAAGCAUUGGUAAAUCAGUACAAUAGCCACAGAGGUGCAUGUUUGAGAUGCAACUAGCAUUCUUGCAAAUAUUGACACAAACACAUUACCCUUUAUAGAAACUUAUUUCGUAAUUUGCACCAGAGCGUGAAUUUUUUUCCUUUGCGUGUAUCACAUUGCUUCAAGAAGUACCAGAAUGAAAAUGUAAUAUGUAAAUAAAAUGAAACUUCUGAAGUAAUUGAAAGCUAGUAAGUUUUGCCCCAGAUUUUUGAAAUAAUAGCUGAGUUAACAUUGCCAAUUUUUACAACACAUUGACAUUUUCUCUGUCAGCCUUUGACAGGUCUUUUGAGACCAGUUCUCAGUUGCUUACUGUCUAGUUUUCUACCAACAUUCUAAUGUUGUCUUCAGCCCUAGAUAUCUCAGUAUUCUAUAAGGAACAGUCAAGUGUAAACGAGACAGAUAGAAAAAAGUAAAUAAACUGUUUAUUAUUUCAAAAGUAAUCAUCAUAGCUGUUAAUACAUUUAUCACACUUUGAGACAGAAUAAUCAGUACAUUAAUUGUAAAAUAUUUGCAGUUGCCUACGGAACCAUAAUUGUCCCCAGGUAUGCACCUCUUCAUCAGAAGCAAAUUGACGGCUGUGUAUGUCUUGCUCCAGGCUCUAAAAAUAUGGAAAUCACAAGGGGAGAGUUUGGGACUGUAUGGAAGAUGUGUAAGGGCUUCCCAGUGAUUUGAAAUAGCCUUGGUAACAUGUGGUUCCAUAUUUCUGAAGCCCUGAAGAAAGACACCCAUGGCUGUCGAUUUGCUUUGAAUAAUGAGGUGCACACCUGGGUACCAUCAUGGUUUUGUAGGUAACUGCAAACAUUCGUCCAUGAACACAUUGACUACCUUGUCUCACAGUGUGAUAAAUG